GACCAGCAUGCCCCACGUUUCUUGCCCCCUUCCCUUUCAGCCUCCGGCGCGGGGGAGGCUCAGCUGACCUACUAACUGGGAACCGCUAUGGCAGCGACCCUGGGCAGCGGGGAGCGCUGGACCGAAGCUUACAUUGAUGCAAUUAGAAGAAAUAAAUAUCCAGAAGACAGACCUCCUGAAAGUCAUGACCCCUGUGGUUGCUGUAACUGCAUGAAGGCACAAAAGGAAAAGAAGCCUGAGAACGAGUGGAACCAGACCCGGCAGGGUGAGGGGAAUGCCACUUACACUGAGGAACAGCUGCUUGGGGUACAAAGGAUCAAGAAAUGCAGAAAUUACUACGAAAUUCUGGGAGUUUCGAGAAAUGCCAGUGAUGAAGAGCUUAAGAAAGCUUACCGAAAACUUGCCCUGAAAUUUCAUCCUGACAAGAACUGUGCUCCUGGAGCAACAGAGGCUUUCAAAGCAAUAGGAAAUGCCUUUGCUGUCCUGAGCAACCCUGACAAGAGACAACGAUAUGAUGAGUAUGGAGAUGAACAAGUGACUUUCACUACCCCUCGAGCCAGACCGUAUCAUUAUUACAGGGAUUUCGAAGCUGACAUCACUCCAGAAGAACUAUUCAAUGUCUUCUUUGGAGGACAUUUUCCUACAGGAAAUAUUCAUAUGUUUUCAAACGUGACUGAUGAUACCCACUAUUACCACCGCCGGCACCGACAUGAGCGGAUGCAAACCCAGAAGGAAGAGGAAGAAGAUAAACCCCAGACUACUUAUUCUGCAUUUAUCCAGUUACUUCCAGUUCUGGUGAUUGUUAUUAUAUCUGUCAUUACUCAACUGCUGGCUGCUAAUCCCCCAUAUAGUUUAUUCUAUAAAUCGACCUUGGGCCACACCAUUUCCAGAGAAACGCAGAACCUGCAGGUGCCUUACUUUGUGGAUAAAAACUUCGACAAGGCCUACAGAGGAGCAUCUCUCCGUGACCUGGAGAAGAUGAUAGAGAAGGAUUACAUUGAUUAUAUCCAGACAAGUUGUUGGAAGGAGAAACAACAAAAGUCAGAGUUGACAAAUUUGGCAGGAUUAUACAGAGAUGAACGACUGAAACAGAAAGCAGAGUCGCUGAAACUUGAAAACUGUGAAAAACUUUCCAAACUCAUUGACCUACGCAGAGGUGGCUGAGAGGAUAAUAGUCCUACGCAGGGUUGGGGUUUUGCUACCUGUUACUAUUUCUGUUCCUAACUCCAUUUUAUAAAACAAAAUUAGGAAAUACCAAACAUUUUACAAUUUGCUAACUCUGGUGGGGAGAGCUGAAGGAGCUUGAGCAAGGAGCCAGCCUGGGCAUUUCAGAAUCCUUCCAUGGGGUUGGCUCCGGGGCCAGAAACAGUUCAUCUAGACUGAGUUAUAAACGGCAGUGUGGCGUUCAGCCCCCUGCCCCUUGCCCACCCUGCCUCUAGGAAUGUAGUUCAGGCAUCACAGGUGGAUUCCUAUUUUUGUUUCUUACCUCUUCAGUUAAGUCCCAAUAUUCAGUCAUUCCUAGGCUUAGCCAAAGCAGCUUCAUAACAGUUGUUUACAGUGUACACCAAAAUCUAUACCUCUUCCUCCAUAAGAGUCAUCAGCUCCCCCAGGAUUCAGCCUUUGAAACACUCCUACUCAACUUUCCAUUUUCUAAAGGGAACGGGGAGAAAUGUGAACAGUUGUAGUUAUAGUUUUCCAUUUGUCUAAUCUCUGUUCAGAAUUACUAGCAUUAGCAAACUGCCUGAUUUGAGUUUCUUUUAUUUCCUUAACCCUUUCUUGUAGAAGGUCCAGAAAUUAAAAGGUACUAAGUAAGGCAGUUGGACAACUCAUCGGCAGGAAGCCAAGGCAGGAAGUUGAAGACCAGUGUAUGGUCUCAGUUUCUCAGUGCAGGUUCUCGGUUCAUCUCAGAGCCAGAGAAUAUUCUUUUUGCCAUUUCCCCUUGCAGGAUGGCAUUUAAGAUGAGUCCCUGCACCCCCAGACGUACAGUGGUCACACCUACGGGGAGGCAUGGCCAGCCCAACUGGACUGUUUGCUGAAGCCUAAGAAAGGAUGAAUGAGGGGAAAGCUCCUCUUUUCAUUUCAUUUCAAGGCUGGGAAGCUGAGGGGUUUUGCUCUUGUAGUCACUUUGUUUAAUCCAAGGCCCUGCUGUUGCUUUUUCAUGUAUUCAGCAUUUAUUGAGUGCCGAGUAUGAAGCAGGGACUCUCACGUAUAUUUUCUUCCUUUAGUCUCCUUACAACUCUGUGAAGUAGACAUGUUAUCUCUGUUUCUGUGAGUGAGAACACCUGCCCAGGGAGAUGAGAAACAAAACUGCUCGUGGCAGAGCUAAUGGUGAGCGUAUUAUCAAGCCAAAAGUAUGAGAUUAUUCCUGUUUCUCAAGAUUAUUCCUGUUUACCAACCUAGCCAGGAUGGUAAAGUAGAUAUCUUUCCUGAGGAUGCCCGUGGGCCUCGACCUGUGCCCCCGUAUUCUGCCAAUAGCAGUUCUGCAUCCACUCAGGACACCUUCCCCCGUCUUAAGAAGCAAGACCCUCUCUGAAUACAAAAUGAGAUGUGGCAAAGGCAGGCAGCCCUUCCCACUGGUGACAAAGAAAAGGUGAAAUGCUGCCUGGGCUCUGAGCUCAAGCCAGAAAAAUCUCUGGGCCUUCCUGUAGAGAUAAGCUGCCAGGAUCAAGCUGCCCGUGUUGUCUUGAAUCUGAACCUGGAAGGAACAGUAGCUCACUGUUGCCUGUACUCCAUGUUUUCUUUGGGAUGGGAGAAAUGUUCUAUACUCAAACUGAUUCCAAAGUAGAUUUUCCCUUUUCAGAUGCAUACCCACGGUGCAGGCAGCAGGUCUAGCGUGGUUCAGACAUGUGGCAUUCCACUGGGUCAGGAGGUGGGUGGGUGGUAAAGGUGGGGUAAAGAGUGGUAGUAGGGAAAAAGUGCUCCCUGCUGGGGAGAGGAGCGGUUCCACAGAUAGCCAGAUUUUGUAGCCCAGCUAGGUCUACACUUCUGGUUUGGCAGGGGCCUCUCUGAUACCCAACGAGUGAUAGAGAGGGUUCACACUAUAAAGGGAGCCAAACAGGCUUGUGGAAAGGUUUGCUAUAUACACGAAAAAGCAAGGGUCUCCCACCCCCAAUCUCAAUACUGCAAGAAAAUGGGCCAUGAUUAAACUGACUUGACAGGUUGAAAGUCCCUCUCCAGUUGUCCAUGAAUAUGUAGUCACAUGUUUUAUGGAUUUCAUGGCAAAGAUGAGGUAUCCACAGUGACACUAAAUAGAGGCAACACUAACUCCAUUAAAUGUCAGGCCUAUUGUCUGUUUUUAUAG